AUGCUUCAGGAAGAUGCACAUGGAAAAUGGACAGUGUCUAGCAGUGAUGAAAGUACUGAGGAAAAUUCUGACAGUGAAAAGCCAUCUACAUCUUCACUAUUGGAUGCUGCACGUGGCAGAACAAGUGGGCCACAAUAUCCAUGCUCUGAAGCUAGGAAAGCAGCUCACAAGAGAAAAGCUUCUCCCCUAAAGCUCAGUGAUAAGAGAAUUUCUACAGAAAUACCUCCAGCAGAAAAACAGAGAACUAGCCAAGAAGGCCUAGGCUGGUGUGUUUCUAGCAGUGAUGAAGAGCCUGAAGAUGAGGAAAAGCAUGGUCACAAAGAAACACUGAAAGAAGAAAAGAGUGAUGGACCUGAAAAACAUCCUGUGAAUCUUUGCAAAGAUGAUGAACUCUCAGAGAAUCAGAAAGCAGAGGAGUAUGAUGAAACACCCAGUGAAGCCCAAGAUACCUGGGAUUUGUUGAAUAGAGGAAACCCUUUCAGGUUUUUUCUCACUAAAGUCACAGGAAUCGAGCGGAGGUAUAAUUCUGGAGCCCUGCACAUAAAAGAUAUCUUAUCUCCUCUUUUUGGAACUCUCAUAUCUUCUGCUCAGUUUAACUACUGUAUAGAUGUGGCGUGGCUUGUAAGACAGUAUCCACAGGAAUUCAGGAAGAAGCCCUUGUUGAUAGUUCAUGGCGAAAAGAGAGAAUCCAAAGCUGAACUGCUUGCACAAGCACGGCCUUAUGAGAACAUUAGCUUUUGUCAGGCUAAGCUGGAUAUUGCGUUUGGAACUCACCACACGAAAAUGAUGUUGUUGUUAUAUGAAGAAGGUCUUCGAGUUGUGAUACAUACAUCCAAUCUUAUUGCUGAAGAUUGGCACCAGAAAACUCAAGGAAUAUGGCUAAGCCCUUUAUAUCCAAGGCUACCUCAGGGAACAGCUGGUUCUGCUGGUGAAUCUGAAACUAAUUUUAAAUCUGACCUAAUAAGUUACUUGAUGGCUUACAAUUCUCCUACACUCCAGGAAUGGAUAGAUCUGAUUCAAGAACAUGAUUUAUCAGAGACAAGAGUAUAUCUGCUUGGUUCUACGCCUGGACGAUAUCAAGGCAGUGAUAAAGAAAAGUGGGGUCAUCUUAGGCUCAGAAAGCUUUUGAAGGAGCAUGCUUCCUCAAAACCAGCACAGGAAUCCUGGCCUGUUGUUGGACAGUUCUCAAGCAUUGGUUCAAUGGGAGCUGAUGGGUCCAAAUGGCUGUGCUCAGAGUUCCAGGAGAGCCUGGUGGCUGCAGGCAGCAAUGUGACAACUCUCCUUAAAUGUGAUGUUCCAAUUCAUUUGGUUUAUCCUACUGUGAACAAUGUGAGGCAAAGUCUGGAAGGCUAUCCUGCUGGUGGCUCGCUUCCAUACAGUAUACAGACAGCACAGAAACAGCUGUGGUUGCAUUCCUAUUUUAACAAAUGGUCAGCAGAAAUCUCGGGUCGAAGUCAUGCUAUACCUCACAUUAAGACAUACAUGAGACCCUCUCCUGACUUUCAGAAGAUUGCAUGGUUCUUAGUGACAAGUGCCAAUCUAUCUAAAGCAGCUUGGGGAGCUCUGGAGAAAAAUGGUACACAACUGAUGAUCCGCUCUUACGAACUUGGAGUCCUUUUCUUGCCUUCAGCAUUUGUAAGUUCAA